UCCUGCACUUGUCAAAGGACACGGAUCGCAAAUUACAUCACAGUCGUAACCAAAGAGCAGCGGGGCAAGUAUCUACUUAUUGAAUCUAAAACAGGACAUUUUUAAAAACUCACUCUUGGUAGAUGUCACAAUGUUGCCUUUCAAGAGAACUUUUGACAGCGAGAAACAGCAGCUGCAGCAGCUCAACGGCAGACUUGCUCAGUAUCUCUCCAGGACGAAGCAGUUGGAGCAAGAAAAUGCGCAUCUCAUAGCUGAAAUAAACAAACUCAGACAGGUGAAGACGGCGGAGCCGAAGUACAAGGAGGAGAUGCGUGAGCUUAGGAGAAUGGUGGGGCAGCUGUCGUUUGAGAAGUCCCAGGCGGAGAUGGAGAGGGAGAAGCUAUGGCGGGAGUUACAGAUGGUCCAGUCUCUGUGUAACGAGCAGACGGAGGUAUGCAGGGACAUCAGUGGAGAGCUGAAAGGCUGCGGGAUAGAGCUUCACCAGGCUCACAAGGUCAACACUGAACUCCAGCAGCGUUUGGCUCGCUUAGAGACCGAGUAUAAACGCUUAGAGGACGCGCACAGGCAAGAAAUGGUCCGUCUGCAGCGUCAGGUGGACUCCCGGGUGGUGCCCAUCAUCACGCAGACCUACCGCGGGCCUCCCGCGGCCUCCAUGGAGGAGGUUCAGCAGUACGCCCAGGGUCUGUCCGAGGGCUGGAUGGAGACUUUUGAAAUGUACCAGAGGAAGGUGGAGGAGAUGGAGCAGUCGAUUAAAGCGGACCAGGAGAGGCUGAGAGAUAUGCAGAGGGAGAAGAUGCUGUAUGUGUCAGAGAUGGACAAGCUACACAGAGAAGCAGAAAAGCAAGGCCACAUUCAGCUGCGACUAGAGGAACAGCUGAUGAACAUUCAGGAAAAAUUCAGAGUGGACUGCAGUGAAUACCAGAUGAUAAUUGAUCAGCUGGAGCAUGAGAGGAACAUGAUGGCAAAUGCUAUUGAAGAAAAGAUGAAAGAACAUCAGCACCUUCUGCAGGUUAAGAUGGAUCUGGGCAUGGAGGUGGCUGCCUACAGGGCUCUUCUGGAAGGGGAGAGGCUAAAUCUUCAAGAGCCUCACAGAAGGGUGACCCAACGUCAAGGAGAAAGAAUAAUAGAUAUCAAAGUGCCUGCCCAGCCCUACACUCCAAGAGCUUCCACUUUAACAUCCAGGCAACAAGUCAAGUACACACCGCCAGCUUCCAGCCUGAGAAGAACCCCCAUGCGUCCCUCUGGAUCCAUGAGUCCCUCAAGAGUAAUUCCAAUCUCAGUUGCAAGCCGAGAUCGGCACCAGAGUCCCGCAUCCAGAAGGGACAUGAUCUCAUUCACCAAAGCCCGGGCUUCUGCUGCUACUCCUACAUCCACCAGCACCAUCACUGCUGCCAAAGAUAAUCAAACAGUCCAGCGUGAAAGCCUACCCAGCCAAAAUGUACAGAAAACAAGAGUAGAUGAGAAAACAGCGACGAUCAAACAGGUCUCACAGGUAGAGAACCAAGGCAGUCCUAUCAAAUCCUUCACUACUGAGACCAAAUCAACAAGAGUGGUGUCUCCGCCAAUGAUGGCCAUUAGCAAGAAAACAGAGACUGAAAGCAAGAAGCAAGUGUCUGAUAAAAAAGAGAAAGAUGAUUUUGAUGGAGAGGUGUUCAAAGACAGGGAGAAAACAGAGGCCUCACUAGGCCCAAGUGAGAAAAAGAUGUUAGACUCUGUGACUGUAGAGGAGAUAAUAGAGAAAGUGAUAAAACCUGCAGGUUUGGAAGCUAAGGUGUGCUCAUCAGGAGAGUCAAAGGUGAAGUAUCACGUGGAAAAAACUGAACAGGAGGAUGGCACAAUGAAGACGCAGAUUGUUCUAGAGUCUAAGGUGGAAGAAGAGCUUGACGUUUCAGAAGAUGCAGCCCUGGACGAACUUCUGAGCCAGGGGGUUAAGAAAGUGUCACUGGAGGACAUCAAGGACACUGCUACAGGAAGCAUGAUCAAGAACCUGCUAAGUGGCCUGCAGGGAGGCGAGGACCUGCAGAAUAAGUCUGUCAAUGUAGAAAUCAUCGAGGAACCAGUGGAGACUUACAGUGCUGAGGAGUUUGAGACUGAACAGAAGUCUACUUCUACUUUUUAUGACCCAUCUGCUACAUAUUUCCAAAUUGAGGAGCUAGAAAAUGUCCCCCAGGAAGCUCAAUUUCAGAGAAGUGGCAGGGAUACAUCGAAAGAAUCAGAAACAGAUACUGAUCAGUGGAAGAGGGGAUCCAUCAGAGUUCAAGAGGUUUCCAAAGAGAGUGAAUAUUUUUCUCAUGACAGGGAGCCAGACGAGUACUUUGUCUCCACACCCGAUGAAAAUCUCUCUGAGUCUGAGGAUGGUCUUGGCAUUACAUCAUAUGGCCAUUACGGUCUUGUAGACGACCUGUCAGAUGAGAGGUACUAUCAAGAUGAAGACCUUCCCCCAAAGAGAGUGAUUGUAGAGCGAAGUGACAAACAUAAGUUGAAGUUAGGUGAUGACUCGUAUAUCAAAGAGAGUUUCCCAGACUGCGUCAUUGAAGAAGAGGUACGUGUCUCUCCGAUAGUCCAGACGUCAGUGCUUGAGUUCCUCAGAGAGGAGUCUUUGGAGCCCAAAGAGCAGCUGAAGGGAGCUCUUGAGAAGCUACAAGAAUCAGUGUCAGGUCCACUGAGGGAGGAGUUGGCAUUCCUCACAAAAGUCAGCAGUGAGAGUCCAGAAAACGUGGCAAUCAAGAAAGUGCAACAGUCUAGUGGCAAUGGCACCACAACUAUUGUUGCAGAGCUGAAUGUCUCUCAGACCCUAGAGGACUCCGGGCUGCUGGAAGCGGGAGACGAUCUCUCUGAAGAGCAGAUCUUGGCAACUCUCAGAUCUUCUAACCUUGGGCUUGAGAAAGUCUUGCAAGGCGGGGCAGGAGGAUACAGCAUCAGAGUGUCCACAGAAGAGGAUGCGACGUAUGGGAAAGAGUUUGAAGAAGGAACCUCUGGGCUGGAUUCUCAAAUCAUCGAAACCCCAGUGAAGAUUUCCCAAGAGAAAAGAGUUGCAACACUUUACCUUGAAGGUCCGACAGAUGAUUAGGAAAGAAUUCAGUUAGCACUUGCCAAUUUCAGUUGCUUAAACGCACAUACAUUCAGCGCUUAUUUUAAAAAUAGCAGUCCGAAGAGGUGGUUUUAAUGCUGUAUGCUGAAACUGCCAUAAUGCUUGGGCUUUUGCAGUAAAUUCAUUUAUCUUACAGUACCUACUAGGAGUGUGUCCCUUUAAACAUUGUGGACAUUGUGCAGCUUAUAUCUGAUGCAAAAUUAUCUAGUUACAAUGACCAGAGUUAAAAUAUGUUCUAGUAUUAGAUGUGACAGACUACAAGUAAAAUAGAGAUUUCUUACUAAUAUUGUUUAGUUUUGCUAAAAACCUAACAUCUUCAUUGUGUAACAAAGCCUAAGUUGCUGAUGGGAGUGCUGUUUUGGUAUGUGGUAACCUUUUCUAGCUAACCGUUUUUCUUCCAAGAGGGAUUUUUCUCUCUAGAUAUCUCUAUUUUUGUACUAACCUGUGCUGUACAGCUUACACUUCUGCGUUUCACAGCAGAGCAGUAGGCACAAGAUGCUUUGCUGCUGUUAGCAGAUUAAUUUUUUAUGUGGACAUGGGCACCGUUGCCAAAUGUGUUAGCUAUAGUAUAAACAGCAUCCUGGAACACUGUUUUUCUUUAGAGGCGCUAGUCAGAGAUGUGAGUGCAGAAUAUAGUAAAAGCUUGUUGUAGAGGACAGCAGAGGAGUGAUGAAGAAAAGGAGGGUUAUUGUUGAGAGGAACUUAGCAAGUUAUGUAUGUUGAAAUCAAAGUGUAUUGUAAGUUGAAGGGCACUUUUUAAAUAUUUAGAGGUCUUUAAUACAAACACUACUAAUUGCAAAUACAUGUUGAAUUAUUAAGAAACAAAAUAAGUGUAACCAAAGCCAGGUAGCAUGGUUAACAUAUAGAAACAUGUUUGACAAAUUUUUCUUUAAAUAGUUUAGUAUAGUAUAGUAGUUUCCCACCAGUAAAACAAACUGACUAGAACAUGUGUAAGGGUUCUGUGGAUCUGUGAGAUUAUAAUUUUGAAUCUUUAAAAUUACAAAACGUCAAAUGGUAACAAAAAGUGGAUCCAAAUGAGGCAAAUGAAUGAUAGUUUUGAAAAGAAAAGAAAGUUCUGGUUUCCAUAUACAGUGUGUGCUCCUAGAGGACAGUGAUUUAGCCAUAGUGUUGUCUUAAAGGGUUCACUAUUACUCUAAUAAGAGUUUGCUCAUGGUCAAGUUUAUUUUUGGAUCAUCAGCUUAGUGGCAUUGACAGUUCACUGGAGUUUGUUGUAUUAUAGGGGAGCCUACUGCAGACAAUUACACUGUUGUUACAUUUUCUUUAAGUGGCUGUACAAUUUAAGCAACAUUUACACUUGGUACCAGUAUAAAAAAAUGGCAUUCACCUUUUAGCUUUUGGCACAAUUCUGUUUGGAGACUACGCUAAAAUGCUAUGCUUAGAGAUAAAGGCAUGCUGAUAUGAAAAUGUUAAAUCUGAAAAAUUCUAGAAAUUAAACCUCAUAUGAAACAGUUGCAUUUAAGUGCCAGAUAAGCAUUUUUCAUACAUGAGCUUAUUUAUAAAUGGCAUUAAUUUGUUUUUUUUUUUAAAUGCAUUCGUAAAUUAGUGUACUUCAAGUGUAGCUAAACAAAAUGAAUCCUUGUCAGGUUCAUUUAUGUGUAUGUACACUGAAAGCUAGAUAAUGUGCCAUGUUAAAACAUUAAAUUGUCAACAUCAGCAUUUGGUAACAAAAAUUAUGUAUGAAGAAUGUCAAAUCAGUCAGCUGAUACCUAGGUGUUUGUCACCAUUGACUUUCUGUCAUUUUCAUUGAUGUCAUGAUUCCCAUUGACCAAAUGUCAUGAUUGUUUUGGUUACAAAAGUACCAGCUCAUAUUUGGAAACUGAUUCAUACCCUAACACAAUUAAAAGCUAUUGUGGGUA